GAGAUUGGGCGGUAAGGUUUGGCGGGUCGUCGAGUGGCCGGUAAAGUCACGGUCGCCGUAGAUUGCGUAGUCGCUGAACUGAGAAUUGUAGAAUUGGCUUGGGUAAGAUUCGUUUUUUAAAUACACGUGAACUGUAGGCUGGAUCCAAUGUAACAUUGGUGAUUUACAAACAACAUCCACAAGUCUUCACAAGCAGGACAACAGUGACAUAUACGCAACUGCACACCCCCUUAUUCAAUGGCCAAUAACAGCAUAGCGGGACAAGGAAGAAUAUUAUGCGCGUCACAAACGGAAGAAGCAUCACUGACGAGUACUAUUAGUUAAAGGCUUGUACUGCGGGAGUCGACCAUAUGCGCCUGACACCGUACCCGAGAUCACAUCCUGGUUUUGUACAAGAACAACAGUCGCCUAGAUCCAACAUCUCUGUACUGCAGUCCCGGAUGUAAACAAACACGUUUAUCUUAAAUGCCAAGAACCUUUGGAAUACGCAUAAUCUGCUCUAACUGUAAUUUUACAGUGGAUGGAUAUAUGAAACUUGUGUUGUCUUGAAACAUUUCAAAAUCAGGACUAACAAUUCGGGAGAACUGACGAUUGGCGUGUGGCUUUUGACUCAAGAGAGAUUGCACGAGCCACGCCUAACAACUCAGAUCCUUGAUCGGUGCCACUCUACUGUUCGCCAUGGCUGGAUAUAUGUGGCUAACAGCAUUCGCACUCAGCCUCGCGUACAGUAUUGCUUCAGCUUGUCCAGAUACAGUCAACUACACCACCAGUCAGACCAUCAGCUCCCAUGACUACCCAAAGCCUUACCCCCAAGGGGUCCGAUGUACCUGGGUGUGGCAGGCCGACUCCGGGUUGUGGGGAGUCAACUUCACCGAUGUCGACCUCAAUAAAAAUGACUAUCUAAUGAUCGAUGUUGGGAACGGGCUUGUAGUGAGGAAACCACAUUCCAGUAUCUACAGCCCGGGUCCCAGUCUGAAGAUAACCUUCACUUCCGGUAACUCUGCCACUAGAGGGCGGGGCUUCCGCAUAAACGUCCUUUACGGCAAGGAUAAACAUGACCUUGACCGCCAGUUCCGGCGCCCCGCUUCUCCGCCACCUUCUUCAGGGUCACCAGAUACGGCCUCUUUCAUGCCACUGCUGCUGGGAAUAGCAAUGGCAACUCUGUUUCUGUUCUUUGCCGUCUUCAUCUGGGUAGCGUGUCGACGUCAUCGGCGACAGCGUCAAAUACGUCAGCAGCAGGAAGUCUCGCUCAGCGUCAACGUACAAAGUAUUCGCCGAGAUUCGGGCGUCAAGUACACACGAAAGGCCUCCACCAAUUCUCAAUCCGAGGACCCGCCUUGUGCCAAGAAAACAAACCAGGUUGCAAGGUCAAAUAGCAACCGCUCGUGGGCGGUCCGAGCGGAGUUGACGUCAACGACUACAACGACACCUUGUGACGGUGACGGUCAUCCUCACACCGUGCAUAAUCUGUACACUCCAAUUGAAAAAAUGGAAAUGCUGAAAGCUAAACAAAUGCGUGAAGGUCAAGGUCAAAUCAGGGGUCAUAUCGACGUUCGUGGUCGAGUGGUGGAUAAUCAGACCGGGCCUCGCGACAGAGUAGGAACGCUGGAGAGGGUGCCGGAAAACACAUUGUUGAUGAAAAUACCUACAUCAGGAAUUGAACCAGACGAGGAUGAUGGUUACCUUGGUCCGUCUGCCGCACCAAAAUUAUCCUCUUCAUAUCUUCAUUGCCCCGUCACUCUCAGCCCUGAUCUAAACACUACCAGAUUUGGUUCAGUUUCGUCUUCUGCAAGCUGCGACAGCGGCUACCACAACUUCACCGUCGUCGGCCGAGUCGACCUGGCGUAAGCUUUUAUCUCUACGUGGUCUCAAGAGCCGUCUAUCGGGGCCCACCGAUAUUGAUCGUGAUUAUUGAUGAUGGUUCCACUUCAUGGCCUUCCGUGCCAUCUCGACUCUUUACGGGGCCUACCCCGUAGCUGCACGAGUAGUUACGAAAGUAACAGGACUUGAAUGGGUCUUGUUACAUAGACCGUAGUGUGUGUGUCGCCUGAGGAAACUCGUGUUCCGGUCGUGACACUGGCCGUGAAAAUGUACUUCAAAUGUUCUCGUUGACGUCGAGCCAAGGAACCUGCCUGGACAGGAACAUGUGUACAAUAGAACGAACAAAAGCUUACAUGAUAGAGAGAAACAGUUUGGAUGUAAAUAUGUAAUUAAUCACUCCUCGUCUGUCGGGAUUUCUAAGAUGGUGGCACAACCGCUUCCGGUGAACGAAGAACAUGAGAACCGGAAGUACCGUCCUCGAACUCUUUCCAAUAUGGCGUCAAUUCCGGUUCCGUCGCAUACAUGACUACACCGGAAUCAGUAAUGUCGCCAUCUUGGAAAUCCCUCCAAACUGACGGUGUUGACUCAUCACGUGAACCUCCACGGCUCACAUUGAUGGACAAAAAAAUAAUAUGUUGUCUGUGGCUCUUGGUCGCCUGGUGUGAAGACGUCCAUUAUGGGAAUACGUGGUCACCCCUAUCAUGCCUAUGCUGCUGUUCAAUAUGAGAGGCCUGCGGGUUUGGGCAGAUACCGUAUGAUCCCUAAUUAGGCCCGAAAGGAUGUAGAAGAGUGACAUGGGCUGCCAAGUGAACAUGGGAGUUCGACCAGUUAGGUGCGUGGGAGUCUUUAAAUGGCUGACCAUGAUGUAAACUGAUUAUCGGUUUUAAAGGUACCGUUAUAUUGACGUGUACGGUAAAUAUUGGAAUGUUUACGCUAAUUAGGGAUGUGCGAGAUCAGAAGAGGAUGUUAUACACUGAAUCACAGCAUCAAAUCAUGGUAGCAGUAUGCUAUCACCCAUGAAAUUACUUAUGGACCAAUUGCCUGUGUGGACAAAGGACUGAUAUCGGUCACCUAAUGUUAGACUCCGAUUAACCGAAGUGGAUUGGUUGUAGUAUUCAGGGUUUAUGUCUCGCCCUUAUAUUGCAUACAGAACUGGAAAUAAUGACCGUGUCCAAUUCUGAAAUUGUCUCAUGUACAUUUUAAAAAAAUCUGUUUGUUUGGUUUUUUUAUUUUUUAUUUUUAUUUGUAUGUCUAAUUCUUCAUUAUUACCCAUUGCUAUGUAAAUAAAUUUUGAUUUUUU